AGGAGAAAGUGGGGUUCAGAUGUCAGGAGGUCAGAAGCAGCGGAUAGCGAUCGCAAGGGCUGUGCUGAAGUCGCCCAGGAUUCUUCUGCUUGAUGAAGCCACAAGCGCGUUGGACUCGGAGUCGGAGCGAGUCGUCCAAGAAGCACUCGACCUGGCGUCCCUCGGUCGGACCACCAUCGUCGUCGCGCACCGCCUGUCCACUAUCAGGAACGCCGACGUAAUCGCCGUCGUGCAAGCCGGCCGAGUCGCGGAGCUUGGCUCCCACGACGACCUCAUCCGUGAUGAAGAUGGACUCUACUCAUCCCUCGUUCGCUUCCAACAGACGGCGGGAGCAGCGGGAAGCGAUGCGCCUAGCUUAUCACCGGCAGCGUUGGUGGCCUUCCCUCGACCCGGUGGCAGCGAGAGCCGCAGGUUAUCGUUGUGCAGCAGAUCAAGCUCCACUAGUUCUUCGCGCCACCAGGAGUCGCAAGAGGAGUCCGAGGCGGAUGCUCCUCCCCCGGUUCCAUCUCUGCGGAGGCUUUUGCUGUUGAACUUACAGGAAUGGCGGCAGGCGGUGCUGGGAAGCUUGGGCGCGAUGGCUUUCGGGGCGGUGCAGCCACUGUACGCCUUCUCGAUGGGAAGCAUGCUGUCGGUGUACUUUAUGAAUGAUCACAAAGAGAUCAGGUCAAACACGAGGAAAUACAGCAUCGUUUUCCUCGCCAUGUCGAUCUUUUCGUUCUUGGUCAACAUUCUACAGCACUACAACUUCGGGGCCAUGGGGGAGCACCUGACAAGGCGGGUGAGGCAGAGGAUGCUCACCCAGAUUCUUACAUUUGAAGUUGGGUGGUUCGAUCGAGACGAGAACUCUACUGGCGCCAUCUGCUCUCGACUGGCAAAUGAUGCCAAUGUGGUUCGAAUGCUGGUGGGUGAUCGGAUGUCUUUGAUCAUUCAGGCAGUCUCUGCAGCGACCAUAGCAUGCACGUUGGGUCUGGCCAUUGCAUGGAAGCUGGCCCUCAUCUUGAUCGCCAUCCAACCCCUGAUGAUAGCAAGCUUCUACUACCGUAUGGUUAUUAUUAGGAGCAUGUCCAAGAAGGCUAUCGAGUCGCAGUCGGAGAGCAGCAAGGUGGCUGCCGAA